UGCAAUGGCGUUUUCGCAGUCAUUUGACUUUGGAAAUAGCACGUUCAUGGAGCUGGAAAAAGGGAUACAAGCGGCUGGAAAAGAGAACACACAUGCCGGCAACCCAAAUAUCCAAGGAGCAGCAGUUAGCAAGGAUUCUAAGACCCCAAGUCAGGACAAUUACUCGGAUUUUUUUCGGGACGAGUUCUCAUACGAAAUUAAUCAAGCCAAAAAACCUUUAGAGCAGUCAAUGAUCAAUGUUUCUCAGAUUCAGGACCGUCUGGAAGUCGCCUCCCAUACAGAUUCAGAUUUGAGCACCUCGUCAGCUUUCGAUGCCCAGAUUUGCACAGAGGAUGUGUUUGAUAUGGAAGAAAAAAGCAAAGAAGCAGCUCAGGAGCUGCCCAGUCUGGAUGAAAGCAGUUUCCUCUGUCCCGCGCAGGAUCCGGAGGCUUCCCAACAACUGAAGGAGGACAUCCUUCGUAGUCGCUGCGUCUUGGCCAAGCAGAAUGUCUAUCACGAGAUCUCUCAGGUCACCCAGAACUUAAGCAGUAUGUCGCCCAACCAACUGCGAGUGUCGCCUAACUCCUCCAGAGUCCGGGAUGCGGUACCUAAGAUUACAGAUGCUCCUCCGGACCUGGAGUCUCAUAAAUCAAUAGCCUCCUGGAAUCUACCCUUCAGCAUACAGGAGGAAUACAAGAAAAAGGGUGUCGUUCAGAUGUUCGACUGGCAAGUGGAGUGCCUUUGCAAGCCAAGAGUGCUUUUCGAGCACUGCAAUCUCGUGUACUCCGCACCCACGUCUGCAGGAAAAACGCUGGUCAGUGAGAUUCUCCUGUUAAAAACUGUCCUUGAGCGCGGGAAGAAGGUGCUAGUUAUAUUGCCCUUCAUCUCGGUUGUGCGCGAGAAAAUGUUCUAUUUGCAGGAUCUGCUCACACCGGCUGGUUACCGCGUGGAAGGAUUUUUCGGGGGUUAUACACCACCCGGAGGCUUUGAAAGCCUGAACGUGGCAAUCUGCACAAUCGAGAAGGCAAACUCCAUUGUGAACAAGCUCCUGGAGCAAGGAAAACUGGACACCAUUGGCACCGUAGUCGUUGACGAGGUCCAUCUCAUCUCGGACAAAGGACGUGGCUACAUUCUGGAACUUCUAUUGGCUAAGAUCCUUUACAUGUCGCGUCGCAAUGCACUGCAGAUUCAGGUCAUCACCAUGUCAGCCACUCUGGAAAAUGUAGAUCUGCUAAAAACCUGGCUUGAUGCCGAACUGUACAUAACAAACUAUCGUCCCGUAGCUCUUCAGGAAAUGAUCAAAGUGGGCACAAAGAUCUUUGAUCAGCAGUUAAAGUUCCUGCGCGACCUAUCCCAGCAAAAAGAAAUGCGACAAGCCUUGGGAAACGAUUCUGAUGAUGUCGCCCUGCUCUGCAUCGAGACAUUGCUGGAGGGCUGCUCCGUCAUUGUGUUUUGCCCAUCGAAGGACUGGUGCGAGAACUUGUCUGUUCAGCUAGCCACGGCCAUGCACGUUCUCAUUAAGUCUGGCUCAGAACUGGGCCGACGUUUACGGGCUAAUCUCAAUCCGACGGCUAUCGAGGAAGUAAAACAACAAUUAAGAGACAUCCCCACAGGUCUCGAUGGAGUGAUGUCCAAAGCUGUAACUUAUGCCUGCGCCUUUCAUCAUGCCGGUCUUACUACUGAAGAGCGAGAUAUUGUUGAGGCAGCUUUUAAAGCGGGCUCUUUAAAGGUUCUAGUUGCCACCAGCACAUUGAGUUCUGGUGUUAAUCUACCCGCUCGACGAGUUCUUAUUCGUUCGCCUAUGUUUGGUGGCAAACAAAUGAGUUCCCUGACUUACCGACAAAUGAUCGGACGAGCAGGACGCACGGGCAAGGAUACACUGGGCGAGUCUAUUCUUAUCUGCACUGAGAGCAAUGCUCGAAUUGGAAGAGACCUGGUCACAGCACAGCUGCAGCCGAUAACUUCCUGCCUGGAAAUGGACGGAAGUACCCACUUGAAACGCGCACUACUGGAGGUUAUAUCUUCCGGUGUAGCAAGCACUAAGCAGGAUAUUGACUGCUUUGUAAACUGUACGCUGCUAAGUGCACAGAAGGCGCUGGAAGAGAAGGAACAACCACCAGAGGAGGAUUCGGAUUCCCACUACAUCAAUGAUGCACUGGAUUUUCUUGUAGAGUACGAAUUCGUACGCCUACAAACGAACGAAGAAAUGGAUACAACAGCCUAUGUGGCCACACGGCUUGGUGCCGCAUGUCUGGCUUCUUCAAUGCCGCCCACUGACGGUCUUAUACUCUUUGCGGAGUUGCAGAAAUCCCGUCGUUGUUUCGUCCUAGAGUCUGAACUGCAUGCUGUAUACCUAGUAACUCCCUAUUCUGUGUGCUACCAGCUGCAAGACCUUGAUUGGCUGAUUUACCUGGAUAUGUGGGAAAAGCUGAACCCGGCUAUGAAGAAAGUGGGUGAACUGGUGGGGGUCAAAGAAGCUUUUCUCGUAAAGGCGAUGCGUGGUCAAACAAAAUUGGAUUACAAGCAGAUGCAGAUUCACAAGCGUUUUUAUACAGCAUUGGCCCUUCAAGAGCUGGUAAACGAGACGCCCAUCAACGUGGUGGUGCACAAGUUUAAGUGCCACCGAGGAAUGUUGCAGGGUCUGCAGCAGAUGGCCUCUACUUUCGCGGGUAUUGUUACGGCCUUUUGCAACUCACUGCAGUGGUCAACGCUAGCGCUUAUAGUAUCCCAGUUUAAGGAUAGACUCUACUUUGGCAUCCACAGAGAUCUCAUCGAUUUAAUGCGGCUACCAGAUUUGUCGCAGAAACGUGCCCGUGCUCUUUUUGAUGCCGGAUUUACCAGUUUGGUAGAACUAGCAGGUGCUGAUGUCUUGGAAUUGGAGAAAGUACUUUUCAACUCCCUAAGCUUUGAUUCCGCCAAGCAGCUUGAUCACGAGAACGCGGAGGAGGCGGCCAAGCGAAAUAUGAUACGAAACUUCUUCAUCACCGGCAAGGCGGGAAUGACAGUUGGUGAAGCUGCCAAACUUUUCAUUGGCGAAGCGCGACAGUUUGUCCAGCACGAGAUUGGAGUUGGGAGCAUAAAGUGGACACAGACACAGAUUGACACCAAUGAAAGUCCUAAAUCAACGAGCAAAAACGAGGAUGUGGACAUUCAUAUGUCGCUUGAGGAGGAGCAUUUACAGAUUCAGCAACCACCGAAGCGUAAGCUAUCAAGUGAAGAAAAGCAUGGUUUUGGGAGUGCUUCGACCCACAAGAUUCCUAAACUGGAACCACUGGGCAAUAAACUAAAUAACCCACAGAAAAAAAGUUUAGUCGGAUAUCUAAAUACAAAUGAAAAUAUUUCAAAACAAAGAGAUAAAACAGUUUUAAGUCCGAGUUUGAUUCAAAAGAAUUUCGAGCAAAAACUUCAAACUUUCGAUAAUGGUGAAAAAAUUGAAAGUGGUGUAAAGAACUCUUCUGAAAAGCCUUUGCAACAUAUUGAAAAAAGAAACCAAGACAGGGUUAAAAAGGGAUCUGCGGUUGAGGUAAAGGAUUCACUACCAGUUGACAAAGGCAAGGCAAAGGUGUCCAUUCCUCCUUCAUUUUCUAAUGAAAACAGAAUCCAACCAACAGCGAUUAAUUUCAAGGAAAAAUCUCCAGAAAAAAUCCAGAGACAAACAUCGAAGGUUGAUAAAGAUACCAGUCCAAAAGUCAAAUCACCAAAUGAGGAAAAACCCAGCACCAGUCAUACUGCCCGUAAAGAGAUGCUUCGAAAAGAAAUUGCAGAACGCCGCAGAAUCGCUUUAAUGAAAAUUCAGCAAAAACGUACCGAAAUGGAAAACCAGUCAAAGGAUCCACCCAUACAGGCAAUCAGAAGUACACCAUCUUCCCUUGAACACACUCCGAUUGAAUUAAAUAAUGCUCAGACUUCUCCAAAGACUCAAGGCACUCCACAGCAUCCAAAAUCAGGGAACACCCAACAAAAAGGCUUCUACCCCCAGCAAUCCACCAAUUCCGAAGCCAUUCAAAACUCCUUCCAUUCCAGCAGAGAAUCUUCUGCAACUCCAGCACGCGGAAAUAACAAAGUCUCAUCCCCUCAAUUGCCCCGAAGAAGUCCAAGGAACCAUGUACAGUCCCCAACACCCACACCGAAUCGCACAACUUCAAGAAAGACUUCCACCGCAGAGCAGGAUUUAUUUAUGGCAGACGAUUCCUUUAUGCUUAAUACCGGUCUAACCGCUGCUCUUACAGCCGCUGAGGGAAAGGAACCAGUUUCUUCGGAAACAGACGAGAUUCCUAGCUCCCAGCCCAAGGAACCGGAGGUAUCCUGUGCCCUAACUCCACAUGCAUCCAGGCUGAUGCGUUCAUACCAGUUACGUUCGCAACGCUUGCAGAGUCCCAGUUCGCGAUCACCAAGCAGAUCAACGGUGACCAAAACUUUGCCAAAUGAAAGCAAAACGGAGUUUGAUUCAAAAGGCGGGUCCAAUGUGGCUUCCUCUAUGGAAAUCUCGGAUAUUUCUAUGGAGAACUCAUUAAUGAAAAAUCCACUUCAACUGAAUGCCUCACACAUCCUAAGCUGUUCAAAAGCGGAUGAAAAUGCCUCAAGUUUCUCUAGUAUAGAUAUAAUCGACGUCUGUGGCAACCGGCAAUUGUUUCAAGGCGCUCUCAUGGAACUUCUCGAAGCUCCGCGUUGUGGCUUUAGUGUGGGCCUGCAGGCUCAAGCAGGCAGACAAAAGCCACUGAUUGGAGCCAACCUGUUGAUCAACCAGGUUGCUGCGGCGGAACAGCGGGAGGCGGCUGCCGACAAACAAGUUCUCUUUCAAGUGGACGACAGUAACUUCAUCUCCUGCUUGUCUUUUUCUCUAGCAGACAAUAUAGUAUACUAUAUAAAUAUGCAGGACGAAGGGAGUGCAAAGGUCCAGGGGGUGCCCACUAGUCUAAAGGUUCAGGAACUAUGCAAGCUGAUGGCUCGAAAGGACCUCACGUUACUCAUGCACGAUGGAAAAGAACAACUAAAGAUACUGUUAAGAGCGAUUCCCCAGCUGCAGAAGAUUAGCGCAAAACUGGAGGACCCCAAAGUGGCAAACUGGUUGCUGCAGCCAGACAGGACAAUGAGUUAUCACAAUAUGUGCCAGCAAUUCGCUCCAGAGUGCACUGCCUUAGCGGAUCUAUGUGGUAGCGGUCGUGGUUACAGCAGCUAUGGACUAGAUAGCUCAAGUGCCAUUCUUCCAAAAAUAAGGUCAUCCAUAGAGGCAUGUGUAACUGCGCACAUACUAAAUGGUCAAAUCGAGAAUCUUGGAAGGAUCGGAACGGGUCAAUUGCUAAAGUUUUUCACUGAUGUUGAAAUGCCCAUUCAAAUGACUCUUUGCCACAUGGAGUUUGUUGGCUUCCCAGUCAACGAGCAACGGCUGCAGCGGGUCUGCCAACAGAUGUCAGCGAGCAUGAAGAAGUUAGAGUCAAAGAUAUAUGAGCAACAUGGCUCCCGUUUUAAUCUUGGAUCGACGCAGGCUGUAGGCAAGGUGCUGGGUCUUAACCGUAAGCCCAAUGGACGUGUAACCACCUCACGUCAAGUUUUGGAGAAGUUGGACUCACCCAUUUCAAUUUUGAUACUGGGCCACCGAAAGCUGGGCGGGCUUCUGGCUAAAAGCAUUCAGCCUUUGCUCAAGUGCUGUAGUGCUAACAGAAUUCAUGGCCAGAGCAUUUCUUAUACGGCGACGGGUCGUAUUUCCAUGACAGAGCCUAAUCUUCAAAAUGUGGCAAAAGACUUUGCAAUACAAGUGGGAUCGAAUGCGCUAAAUAUAUCUUGUCGCUCUGCAUUCGCACCGAAUGAUGAGACGAGGUGUCUCCUUUCGGCAGAUUUUUGUCAGCUGGAGAUGAGAAUUCUUGCCCACCUGUCGCAAGACAAGGCUUUAGUGGAAGUCAUGAACUCCCCGCAGGAUUUGUUUAUUGCCAUUGCAGCUCACUGGAACAGGAUCGACGAAUCCCAAGUAUCAGAGCAGUUGCGCAAUGGCACUAAAGAGAUCUGCUACGGAAUUGUAUAUGGCAUGGGUAUACGAUCCCUGGCUGAAUCGUUGAAGUGCAAUGAACAGGAGGCCAGGAUGAUAUCUGAGCAAUUCCAUCAGGCGUAUAAAGGCAUUCGAGAGUACACGCAGAAGGUCGUCAAGUUCGCUCGGAAUAAUGGCUAUGUAGAGACCAUAACAGGACGUCGACGCUACCUAGACCAUGUCAACAGUGCUGAGGAACAGCUGAAAAAUCAGGCAGAGCGUCAGGCCAUUAACUCUACCAUCCAAGGAUCGGCUGCAGACAUUGCGAAGAGCGCAAUGUUAAAAAUGGAAAAGAACAUAGAACGGUACCGAGAUAAGCUGGGUUUGGGGGACAGACCUGUUGACCUGGUGAUGCACCUGCAUGACGAACUUAUCUUCGAGGUGCCUGCAGACAAAGCCAGGAAAAUUGCCAAAGUUCUUAGCCUCACCAUGGAGAACUGCGUAAAGCUUAGUGUGCCGCUCAGGGUUAAGCUGAGAAUUGGGCGUAGUUGGGGUGAAUUGCAGGAGAUUAGGGUGUAGUUUGUAUUAUUUUUUAAUUGUAGUAUUUCAAAUUUUAAAGAAUUUUUAACAAAUUUAUAUGACAGCAUGUUUAAAAUUUUAAGACUG